UAUGACACUUUUAAACAUUUUUUUAAAUGCUAUCACCAGUCACCAAACAUACACAUUAUGCACGGUAAAAAAUCUUUACUCCCCAGUAGGGUCCAAAAUUCUAGGACCAUUAUGAAAAUCCUUCUGUUUCUUACUUUUCAUUACAGUAUCAAGAUUGGGUUCAUUAUGAAUACAACUUAAGUUAAAUGUUGAAUUAAAAAUGUACUGGAUUUCAGAAUUUGGCUGAGUGCUUGAUCAUAACUUUUAUUUUUCUAUUCAUUCAGAGAAUGGAUUGAUAGUGUGUUUAAUGGUUUGUUGUGUGGGAGGUUUUGAGUGUGUAGUUGUACUUAAUUCAGAUAUUGCUUGUAGUAUGUUGGUAGUAUGUUGCUAUCAGGGGCGUAGCUACAUGGUGGCCAUGGGUGGCCACGGCUCCCCCUGAAUGAUGGAUGGCCACCUAUCUGGCCACCUCUGUUGUGCGAAGCAGUUUUGAGAUGCGUGUCGGAGUUUACAGAGUGCUGCGCAGAUCAUUUAGCGAAUGCACUGAAAGUAACGUGAGAACAUUACUCUCGCGUUAAUAUGAUGUCAUACGCUGACGCACUGACGCAAACAGUCUGAGCGCUAUUAGCUGAACAGAAAAACACACUCCCUGCCAGAAUCGCACUGCCUUCGCGUGCGCGCGCGCGUGACGUCACUCGAUGCCACCGCUGGUUUACAAAGGCGUUUCUGGUCUGUAACUCGUGUUUUUCAGUAAUCGUUGUGAAAAUGUCACAUUCUUAGACAAUGUAAGCAAUAUAGGAAUAUUUAUGUGAUUGAUUUUAACUUUGUUUAAAUGUCUUAUAUUUACAUACGGAUAAUAAGCAUGUAGUGGAUAGAAAUAACGUUGGAUUAAACUAAAUUGACUUUCUUGUUGUUCCAAAUGACUGUAAACAGUAAUGCAUUACUGUCUGAUUCAACUCAGGAAUCAAGGCAGAAAAUUACAUGUAGUUGAGGACACACACUGUAAAGGAAGCAGACACAUCUGACAAUAUAAAAUAAUGUAUAAAUUGUCAAAUUGAAAAUAGAAAAAAAUGGUUUUAAAUAGCGUACACUGACAUUUUUUAAACGGGUAAAGACAAAUGUUGAUCAUGCAGAAAGAUUUAUUGAUUUAAGUUUAAAAGGUAAUGUAACAUGGGGUGGGGGGGGGUAUAAUGCUCUCUAUAAUGCUUUAUAGUAAUGAUAGACACUUGUCUUUUUCAGGAGACAGACUACAGAUCGAAAGAUGUCACCAGCAUCGGUUUUUAUGUGUCUCUGACAUUGCAAACCUGAGAUCUGCAUAGGCGGAGUAGGCAAAUGCUAGGGGCGCCAAAAUGAGUGAAGACUUUAAUUAUAAUUCAUUAUCUUAACUCGUUAUUAAUUAUGUCACCUAGUGUGAUCUGUGCAGCUAAUCUCACUCCCAGACUACAAUUUACAUUAUGUUGUGUUCAGACCAUUAUGUUCGCGUUCCUUGCUCUUUAUUAUUCGCGGGAAUAGUUAUUUUCGCGUAAGGCAAAUUUCUCGCCGGAGUUGAAUUUUUUCAACUUGCACGUGUAACCGGCACUACUCUCCCCGCGCGGGCCUCGAACCGUCGUCGGUCCGGAUGGGAGAUGGGCGCUCUAACGAGGAGGCUAAAGACCGCAGUCUCUAGACUAGAGCGUCUCUGUUGGUCGGGGAGUGAGGUUUACACACUGCGCAGCUCUUCACUAGCUGGCCUUCGUUACACACGGAAGACGCGAUACACGCACGUUCGCAGCCCGUUUCCCGUCAUUCACAUUGCAUCUAUUUCUUUACAGUGACUGUGUAGGGAAACUCCUAUUACUGUAUGUGGCCUCGUGGAUAGAGUACGUAUUUCGCAUUUUGUACUUCUCGCUGUUUAAAAGUUCGAACCCCGCUUGGAGCAGGUUGAGGUAGGAUCGGUUACACAUGUCAGCCACGUGCAAACACCAAACCAUUUAUACAAAACUUUUAUACAAAGGUGAGUUAAAAAAAACAUAUCAGAUGUGAAAAGGUAGGAAACAAAAAAUGUUGCAAUAUAGAGGUGCAAAUUAUAAGUUACAAUUUCUUAUUUAGAACCACUCUACAAACUUAUUUUAUGAGAAUAUAAUUUUAUUUUAUGUACGUGAAUUGUUUUUUGUGAAUGUAUAUAUAUAAUUUGUGCACGUGAAUUAGAUUUUAUGCAUGUGAAACUGGCUAAACAAGUGUACAUCUUGUUUUAUGUGUGAAUAAUUAAUGAGAUCAAAAUCGCUCCAUAAAGUGUGUGGCACUAUAGCAUGUGCCAUUUAUUUAAGAAAAUCCAAAACAGCAUUUGCGCAGAGGUUGACAAAAUGUAUAAAAACAAUGCUUUUUUUGCUUUUUAAAUCAUCUUUAUUUAUUAAUUUUAUAUAGGAGGGGCGCAAUCUUAAAUCUUGCCUAGGGCACCAACAGAGGCUGGGCCACUCUCUCUUAAUUUAAAACCCUUACGAAAAUUUGUUUUUGCUACAGUUAAAAUUGAAAAACCAUUACAUUUACAUUUAGUCAUUUAGCAGACGCUUUUAUGCAAAGCGACUUACAAAGACUUAAAAAAACAUGUAAACAAUGGUUACUGUAGAACCAUCCUGUAGUACUGUGGGUUAUUUUCGUAAAUGAAGACGCUUUCUCGCGAGAUCUGACAACAGUGAUCGCUACUAACUUUCAAGUCUCGCGUUGCCAGAAGUCUCAGUAGGGCUACAGUUGAUAUUUUUAAAAUAUAGAACAUGAUAAGAUACAUCAACAAUCGCUGCGCUAACUGGCCAAAGAACGAAAAUGAACCAGUCUUGACUAUACGUGGGCUACAAAUAGCUGGUCUGAAUUGGAGCUAAAUCGUGGCUACGCACAAAACAUGUCAAAGAAAUUAAACCAAACGCCUUAAACACUGUUGGUUUUGUUUACAUGAUGGACUAUAAUACAUCAUACAAGUUUUUUUGGCAAAAACGACAUGUAAACAAAUUUAUGGUUAUUUGGGCUAGAAGUGGGUUACUCAUAGCCGGACUAUAUAUGGUCAGGGGUGCACAUAAGUACUCAUCUGGUUCUCAAGAGAGCACCUGGAGAUUCGGUUUGGUGCUCACAUUGCACAUAGUGUGACAAAUUAUUUUAGAUUUUUUUUAGAUUUUAGAUUCAAUUUAUUGUCAUUGCGAAGGUACAAGGCAACGAAAUGUGACCUCUGCAUUUAACCCAUCCAGAGAGUAGUGAACACACGUACCCCCGGAGCAGUGGGCAGCUAUCACUGCAGCGCCCGGGGAGCAAGUAGGGGUAAGAUGCCUUGCUCAAGGGCACCUCAGUUGUUACCCGCCGGCCCUGGGAAUCGAACCGGCAACCUUCUGGUCACGAGUCCGACUCUCUAACCAUUAGGCCACAAAUUAUAUUUACCUAUUAAAAAUAAAAGUAAAAUAGUAGUUACUUUUUAAUGAACAAUAAACAAAAUAAUAAAGUGGGAUACUAUAUUUAUAUUACUUUAAAGUACACUUAAAAUACAAUGAUAAUGUAUUUCUUCUUGUUUUUCUUUUUACAUUAGUAAAUAUUAAUUUUCAACACCAAUUUUGAAACCUAAAACGACAACCUUUUUGGUUUUUGGCAGGUUGCUGGGAAGCGCACUCGCGAACGCACAUGGAGACUUUCGGUGCGGAGCUAGGAUCGAGUAUAGCAUAGAGAAACACAAGCUGCGUGCAAGUGUCAAGUUUAAACAGCUUGUCCUUUUAGAAAGUUUAAGAGAAGCGGUGUUUUGGUAGACGUGCAGCGCAGCUCAGUUCCAGACAUUCACAGAGGCUGCGCGUGCCGCGCGCUUCUCUAGUAACGAAAGCAGAACCAACAAAGGCGGAGCUACCAAUAGCCUACUCACCGGUAACAAACGAGAUAUCAGUGAUUUGGCAGCAUUCAGUACAAACGGAAAUCUUAUCCAGUAUUACAUUUAGUCGGUCUAAAACAGUGAUUGUGCAUCAAAAGGUUUCAACCAUGUCAGUACGCAAAUGAGCGUUCUAAACUUAUUUACACAGCGCAUUUUUAAUUUUGGUUGUGCAUGCGCACCUGCGCACCACUUAUGCGCAUCCCAGUCUAUACUUAACCGAGACGUUGAAAUGACGGCUAUUGCUUGCUGGGAGCAUAUUGGUCAGACAAGCAGAAUACAGGGCCUAGCAAAACAGAACACCAACAUUAUUGCAAUUUCUUUCCAUAUUAUUACAAUUCUUUAUUGUUAGAAUGAUACUUAUUGAUUAUUAUAAAAUAACAUUGCGAUUAUAAAAUAACAGUGCUAAAGUAAUUGUAUGUAUUAAGUAAUUCAAAACAGUUGUAAAUGUACCUUUACCUAUGCUUCUAAGUAUACACGGGAAUAUCCUUACCAAGAUAAAACAGAUGUCCUCUUGUAUAAAAGUUCAAAUCACCUAGGCCUAACUAUUUUUAAAAAAGAUAAGAAAUUAAGAAAACGCAAACCACGCAAACCGUGUCGCAUUUGACUUGUCUUGCCGAUCGUCUGCGCAGAGUCGCAUGAAGUUGAAAACACCUGAACCUUAUACGUCAGUCAUUGAACUAAGAUUGCGAUUGGCCAUGGACAUUACAAUUGACCAAACGAGCAAUAUGGGAUCUCAUAAAGCAGCACAGUGUCCUGUUUGUGCACAAGCGUAUGUACUUUCUUAGCGCUCGCGCACAGAAUGGCGUUUUGUAAAAGCCGAGGAAAUGAAUUUGUUAUCCUGUUUGCGGUCAGUACAUUCAGUACUUUAAUACACUGCAGAAGUUUUCUACAUUUGUCUGGGACACAAACAACCAACGAUGAAGGGGAUACAAUGUUAUCUGAUAUGUCAGAUCAAGAGGGAUUUGUUGAGCAGUUAGCGGAUUUUGACUACCCCAUUGAUGACGACGUAGUCUCUGAUGUAACUAGCGAUGAAGGGGAUAAAACGUUAUCUGAUGAGCAGUUAGCUGAUUUAGACUACCCCGUUGAUGACGACGUCGUCUCUGAUGUAACUAGCGAUGAAGGGGAUAAAACGUUAUCUGAUGAGCAGUUAGCUGAUUUUGACUACCCCAUUGAUGACGAUGUAGUCUCUGAUGUAACUAGCGAUGAAGGGGAUAAAACGUUAUCUGAUGAGCAGUUAGCUGAUUUUGACAACCCCAUUGAUGACGAUGUAGUCUCUGAUGUAACUAGCAAUGAAGGGGAUAAAACAUUUCUUGAUAUGUCAGAUCAAGAGGGAUUUGAGCAAUUAGCUGAUUUUGACUACCCCAUUGAUGACGAUGCCGACUCUGAUGUAACUAGCGAUGAAGGGGAUAAAACAUUAUCUGAUGAGCAGUUAGCUGAUUUUGACAACCCCAUUGAUGAUGACGUCAUCUCUGAUGUAACUAGCGAUGAAGGGGAUAAAACGUUAUCUGAUGAGCAGUUAGCUGAUUUUGACUACCCCAUUGAUGACGAUGCCGACUCUGAUCUGCAGAGCAGUGCUGUAACACCAGAACAAUUAGGAAACUCAUCUGAAGGAGGCUGGGCUGCUAUGUCUCCAAAGCUGAGGUGUGGUGACGAUUUAAUGAAUUUGCAACUCUUUGGUUCAGGUGUGGACCAAGUUGAGCUUUGUCGAAGGUAAUUCUGCACCUGUUCCUCUUGGCCAUUUGCCACCUGAUUGUGGACUCACUUCACCCACUCGUGGAGGUCUUGUUUAUGCUACACCCUAUGAUGGAUGUGGUGUUGCACAA